GUGCACAUACUGUACUACCUCCACAGACCUGCGCUCUCUCCUCUUUUCUUUCUUUUCUCUACGGAAUGUACCGACAAUGCACACGCGAAGCCCUUCUCACAAAUCUCAGUGGACACAGACGUUUUUGAAGCCACAGGAAAACAAAUCUCUUCAGCACCGUCGCCCUCUCCCACUCUGCAGUCAGCUCCGACAUCUGAUCCGGAGAACAUCUCAGAGAUCAGACUACGGCAACAGAAAAAGCGGAUCUCUCGGCUGAAUGCAAGACAACACCUAACAAGGAUAUUUAAUCAAAACACCCCCUCUUGUUUAUUUAUUACUUGUCAACUUUCAAAAUAGAUGGCUUAUGAAACAACAGACUGGGUGGAGAGGAAGAGAUUUGCUCUACCUGAGGUUUAUGAGUUCGUUUUACUGUUUUUUCACGAUGAAAAUGUGAGGCGUAGCUUUCCUCAUUUUAUCAAAGAGGAAAGCUCUGAAAACGUCUUAGAUGGAAGAUGAAAGUAACGUCGUUUUGAAUUACACAGGAUAUAAAAACUUCGCAAAGAUGUGGUCAAUGGCAUGAAUGAACCAUGCAAGUUAUUUACUAACUUGUCGUGUGACUAACGAGAAAAUGUUCAAAGCGGGAAACCUAAUACUCUGGAGAAACAAUCUUUAUUUUUCCAGGUGAUUUUUAAGGGAGGUGACCCAAAAUCUUAUUCAUCUGUUUCACAGGUUCAAGGGUGUUCAAAAAUUAUGAAUCAGAAAGCGUUGGAAGUAAGAAAACGAUGUUUUAAUCAUUGAUCAUUUUAAUUAAUGCCUGGUGAACGUCUUCGUCGUUUUAAUUCCGAUACAUCAUGAAAUCGCUGUUCUAUAGUCGCUUCUUCAUUCUUCUGCCUUGGGUUUUGAUUGUGAUCAUAAUGAUAGAUAUAGAUACCAAGAGGACCUCAGUCAGGAGCCCCGCACAACUCUAUUUUGCCAGGAUAGGGAAUGCCCAACGGGUGGAAAGGACACCUCGUGUCAAAAGAAACGGGUCUGAGUUGACGACUAUAUACGCCAUCACCCCCACCUACAGCAGAGCUGUGCAGAAAGCGGAGCUGACCCGUUUAGCCAACACAUUCCGCCAGGUUCCUCGUUUUCACUGGAUUGUCGUGGAGGACUCAAGCGCACGCACAGAGCUGGUUUUGCGCUUUCUAGCCCGUUCAGGGGUACCUUAUACCCACCUGCACAUCCCGACCCCGAAGAGGUACAAGCGGGCGGGCUUGCCUCGGGCUACCGAGCAGAGGAAUGCGGGGCUUGCCUGGCUGAGACUGCACCGCUCCCCCCGGGACUCGGGAGUUGUUUUCUUUGCGGAUGAUGACAACACUUACAGCCUGGAGCUUUUCGACGAGAUGAGAACAACACGCAUGGUAUCGGUUUGGCCGGUUGGUCUUGUCGGUGGGCGGCGGUAUGAGCGCCCCCUAGUGGAUAAAGGAAGAGUGGUGGGCUGGUAUACAGGCUGGAGGGCAGACCGACAAUUCGCAAUCGAUAUGGCAGGUUUUGCUGUGAGUCUUCGGAUUAUCCUGGCUAACCCUAAAGCUGUGUUCAAGCGUCGUGGAUCCCAGCCAGGAAUGCAGGAGUCUGAUUUCCUAAAACAGAUCACACAAGUGCAAGACCUUGAACCAAAAGCACAAAACUGCACUAGGGAAAGGAAGACAAAGAUGGGUCUUUUUAUCUUUUUCUACAUUUGGAACAAUCUAUGGAAAUCUGCCUUUUAUUGAUUCACCUGUGUCCUGGUUUGGCACACUCGGACCGAAAAAGUGAACCUAGGGAAUGAGCCAAAGCACCGCCAAGAUACAGUUCAGAUUGAGGUGUAAC